AUGCCAAGUAAUAGCAGUAGAUGGAAGCGCAGCACAAUCGUACUCUUGGUCCUCCUGGGGAUCUCAGUCACAAUCAACAUUGUGCUGUGGGCAAAGCUGCGUCAGAUACCUGCUGCCCCCAGCCCACCGGAUGCCUCAUCGGGCACCAGUCCCUGCCCCCAGCGCUGGCUUAUGAAUGAAGGACGCUGCUACUUCUUCUCUGAGACUGAGGCAACCUGGAACGCCAGCCGGAUCAAUUGCUCUUCCCAGGGAGGUUCCCUGCUUGCCAUGGAGACUCUGCAGGAGUGGGAUUUUGUAAGUCAGUCUAAAAGAGCGAGGUAUUAUUGGAUCGGCCUCCGGAGGACAGUAGAAGGGGAACUUUGGAAAUGGUCAGAUGGGUCCGUCUUCAGCAACUGGUUUUCCGUUGGAGGGGAAGGAUUUUGCGCUUACCUGAGCAAAGAUGAGGUCAGCUCAACAUGGUGUAACAAUCUCCGAUACUGGAUCUGCAGCAAGCAUCUACAUGGGGACACAAGGACAUACUGAGUCUGGGUGGAGGAAUCCAUUUUCAAUGCAGAACGAGGUAUAAAUAAUCUGUAAGCUAAAUAAAUUAGAGAUACGGUAGCUGAGAAUUUAGAGAUUCCUCACCUCAGGCAUUUGUUUUCAUCAAUAUUCUCAUCUGCAGUUUAUUACCGGAAGCUUGAAUUAUUGGAAUAAAACAAUAGGAUAAAGGUUUUUAUACACUUUGUGUGGCAUCGGCCCUCCAAAUGAGAUGUAAAGAUAGUUGAUGAAGAGCUCAAAGAGCUUGCUGGUAUGUGCUGAGAACUUUGAGUUAUCCCAGGGUGUGGAAAGUUAGCUAUUGCCGAAAGCUCUUCUCUCCACUGGUGCCCAGAUGUUGGCCCCUGCGGUUUUCUGCCCUGACGAAGGUUGCGUUUCAAAAGGUUUUCCUUUGAAAGCCUGAAAGGAAAGAUCAAUGCCUAUUAUCAACAGUGAUUUUGAUGUGUUGUGUUGUUUAUGAUGUCUGUGGAUGUACGUUGGCCAGAGAUAUUGAAACUGCAGAGUAUCGGAGUUCAGGAUAAAAAAAAGGGUUUUUUUGCUAUUAACAUUUGCUGUAUUAAGAGGCCUGUAGUCAUGUGAUGAAACAUUCCUUUUUAAUUAUUUUAAGGAUGUUAUAAAAUAUUUAUUUUUGUAUUCUAAGGACAAGGAAGCUAUUUUAUGUGUGGGUUUUUUGUUUGUACCAUAUCUUCUUGGUGUUGUAACAUCUGGUAUGUGAUUAUAUUUCAUUUUGCUUAUGUCUUUGAAUGCCAGCCUAAGAAGCAGGGAGAGUUUCUAGACUGACUAGGGUUGUGUUGAUAUGAGUUAAAUCAGAAGACUGUUGAUUUAUUUUGUAUUUUUAAAAAAUUGUGAAUAGCAAACAUAUCAAUAAAUGCAAAAUGGCCCUUU